AUUUACAUACACCCUGGGAGAAGGAAUGUGGCUUCCUCUGAGCAAGAGCUUUGUCAUCCCUCCCGCUGAGCUCGCCAUCAACCCGUCAGCCAAAUGCAAGACUGACAUGACAGUAAUGGAGGAUGCGGUAGACGUAAGAGAGGAGUUGAUGAUCAGUUCUUCGUUUGACUCUUUGGAGGUUCUCCUGGAUUCGUUUGGACCCGUAAGAGAUUGCACCAAAGACAACGGUGGCUGCAGCCGCAACUUCCGCUGUAUAUCCGACCGAAAGCUUGAUUCCACCGGCUGUGUGUGCCCUCCAGGGCUGAGUCCAAUGAAGGAUGGGACUGGGUGCUAUGACCACCACAUUGGCAUCGACUGCUCUGACGGCUUCAACGGCGGAUGUGAGCAGCUGUGCCUCCAACAGCUGGCCCCUCUAGAGGAUGACCCAACGCUCUACAACAUCCAGAUGUUCUGCGGGUGCAUCGAGGACUACAAGCGUGGUCCAGAUGGGAGGUCGUGCUUGCCUCUGUCAGAAGCCUGCACUGAGGGUGUGGACUGUGGUGAAGCAUUAGACAUCCCCGCCAACCAGACCGUCUUUGGAGACCUUUUCUACGGCUAUAACAACCACUCCCAGGAAAGCACCUCUGGCCAGAUACUUAAGGCCACAUUCAGGCAGAAGAACUUUGCCCGAGGCAUUGAGCAGCAGCUCCCAGAUGGCAUGGUGGUGGCAUCGGUGCCAACGGAGGUUCAGUGCCACGAGGAGCUGUCAGACCCUGUGCCUGACCCAGAAUACCUCACGGGUAUGGUGAACUACAGUGAGGUGUCUGGCUACCCCCUUGUCCAGCAUUGGAGUCUACGUUCUGUGCUGUACCACGUCAAACUCAACCAGUGGGUGCUGUCUCAAGCUUUCAGCUCCGCCAUCCAUUCUCUAGAUGGGGCAACACAGCGGAGCGACUUUGUCUCUAUCCUGAGGGAGUUUGGGAACCACUACGUUCAGGAGGCAGUUUAUGGCUUCCAGGAGUCCUGUACCAUCUGGUACCCCAACAAACAAGUCCAGAGACAGCUGUGGCUGGAGUACCAGGACAUCAGCAAAGGUAACUCCCCUUCAGAGGAGUCCGAGGAGCGGGACAAGGAGCCCAGGACGUUGACUUACCCGGCGUACAUCGCCAGCCUUCUGGACACGGGUGCUAAACGCAUGGCGGCAGGCGUCAGGAUGGACUGCAACAGCCAGGGCCAGUGCCCACGCUCCUGUCACCUCUGCCACAUGAGUCCCAGAGCGGCACAGGGGCGGCAGCAGUCUGAACCUGUGCUCUUGAGAAUCACCAAAGCCGCACCCAUCUACGAAUUAGUGUCAAACAACGAGACUUAUCAGGCUCUGCAGGAGGCGAUGAUGAGCAUGCUGUGGUGCUCAGGCAAAGGCGACGUUAUUGAUGACUGGUGUCGAUGCGAUUCCAGCGCAUUUGGCACAGACGGACUGCCCACCUGCGCCCCGCUUCCUCAACCCAUGCUGAAGCUGUCGUACACCUAUGAACCCAGCAGCUCAUUGGUCAUCAUGGAGUGGAACCACACAGAACCACCAAUCGGCGUACGCAUUGUUGAUUACCUCAUCAGCCAGGAGAAGGUGACGGAGAGGACGGACCACUCCAAACUUGAGACAGAAACGCUCCUAAGCUUUGUGGAUGACAUCCUGUCUGGGGCCAGGUCUCCGUGUGUGAUGCUCGGGGACAUCCCUAACCUGCUGUCUUCCUCCAUCAGUCUUAUAAUACGCUGCCUGGAGCCAGACACCACAUACAUGUUCCGUCUGUGGGCUGUAGACAAUACAGGACGGCGCUCCAGUCCAAGUGAGGUCACCAUCAAAACUCCAUGUCCCACUGUGGAUGAUGUCAAAGCGCAGGAAAUUGCAGAUAAGAUCUACAAUCUGUUCAACGGCUACACAAGUGGGAAAGAACAGCAGACUGCCUACAACACUCUCAUGGACCUGGGCGCUCCCACGCUGCACCGCGUGCUUUACCACUACAACCAGCGCUACGAGAGCUUUGGAGAAUUCACCUGGAGGUGUGAGGAUGAGCUGGGACCUAGGAAGGCGGGCCUCAUCCUCUCCCAGCUGGACGAGCUCUCUCUGUGGUGUAAGGGGCUCCUGCAGGAGCCAAAGAUCGGCCUUCGCAGGAUGUCCCUCAAGUUCCUGUCCUGCCGGUACACCGACACCAAAGCCUUUGGGCUCAACUGGCCAGAGAUGGGCCAGGACGUGCACAAGGCCUGUGACGAACAGACACUCACUGUCAUGUAUAACGACUACGGUGAGCCCAAGGAGCUCUAGAGGUUGGAGUUUCACUUUGAAUCAGCACAGUCCCCUCACCUCCCAUGCCCGAGAAAAACACAGGUUUUAACGUAGCUGGCCAUGCCGCCGUGAGUCAAGUCGUAUCCCUAAAUGCCACACAUUAUUUGAAAUGCCAUUUACUUGAUUUGCCUCGAUCACAGUACCAGUCUCAGAAGCAUUAUCACGUUAAUGGUCUGAAGCAGUGUUCUGCAGUAGCUGGUAGUCCCUGAACUUUUGCUCCUCCCUUCUAGUGAAUGAUGGUGACUACAGAAAUAUCCUGAGAUAAAAUUGUGAGAAGAGCAACAGUGGCCUGAAAAAAUCUGAAAUUGGACUUUUAGCUAAAAAUAUAUAUAUUUUUCUUUUUUUGUGGCUUGAGCAGACAAAAUAGUCACACUUUAAUGUUUGAGGUAUUUUAAACACAUUUAAAACAUUCGUUUUCCUCAACAAGACUAUGAUCUUGGAGCUUGAUCCGAGCUAAAGAGUUGCACCUAGCAAUGAAAAACAUCAGACGGGAAAGUGCUAUUAAAAUUUCUUUAUAUCGCGUUGUGACAUUCCUUCUAACUUCAAAACAGACAAAAACAGACAAGUUUUCUUUUGUAGAAACGUCGUUGCAGAGUAUCACACAGAUGCAUUUUUGACACGUCACCAAAAAGUUCAUUUAUUCCAACGAUUCACUUCAAAAAGUAAAGCCUAAAAGUUUAUAUUUCCGCUGUUUAUUUCUGUUAAUUUUGACGAUCAUCGCUUAAAGCUAAUGAGAUAACGAAAUUCUGUUUUUUGUCAGAUUAGAAAAUGACCAAAGACCAGCAAAAAAAGUACUUUCAAAGGUACGGCCGUAGUUGGUCUGGGCUCCUUUUGCAUCCAUUGUUGCACCGUAGUGGCUCUGCUUAAGGCUUAUCAAAGAAAGCCCAGGCUGCUCUAAUAGGAGCCUUCAACUCUUCUGCAUAGUUUGGUUUGGUGACAGUUCCUCCACUGUUCUGCUUAGCUCAACUACGAUGCCUCUGAUGGUCAUUGCUUCACAAUCCUCUUCAGCCUGCUGAUAUCCCUCUUGUUUAGUUCACUUGGAAACGCCGCAAUUUUUCCUUCCCCUCAACGUUUCAAUGAUAUCUUUGAACACAACGAAACAUCCACUUCUUGCCGGACAGUUUUCAAGUCAGCAGUUUUCCUUAUGGUUAUGAGGCCCAUUAUAUUACAUUCCAGUAGGAAGCUUUUUUUUUCUACUUGAUCUUAAGGAAAUUAAAUGUUCUGAGAAACCUAAUAAUCUGGGGAUUCAAUUAGCUUUAAACCAUAAUUAUCAAAAUGAAUGAAAUGUAUGACUCUGUGUGUAGUAAGUAUAUAUAUACGAUUUUACUUUCUCCUAUUGAAUUGAACCUUUUUGAUGAUCCAGCUUUAUUCAUUGAGGUGGAGCUGUACGUCUGAAAAUGUCCUUAAAUGUCCCUGAAAAUAGAUUUUUAUGUCCGAUGGGUUCGUCUAUUUUAAACCAUACUGGUAGAAAAGUAUAUGCAUGGAAACAGCAAAGACUGCUCUGUGUGGAGCUAUUUUAGAGUUAAAAACAGAGGUUUACAGUGUACAUAACAUUAUCAUGAAGUUUUAGCUACAGUAUAUAACCUGAAUGUAGUGUUGAUACUUUGCAUUUAAAAUGAGAUUGUUGUAAACUAUUUGUUUGAUAUACCAUUAAUCCAAGACACACCUUUUCUUCUAAAAUGACUUUGAAACAGUAUUUUCUUCAAACGUUUUAAUGUUCUCAUAUCAAUUUAGUUUAAGCAGCAGCAAUUCCUUUCUAAAGUGGCAAAGCAACAGUGUCUUAAUAUUUGCAACACUGUUUGUUUGUCAUUUAAAUGUCACGAUUUUUUCCGGAAAUCGUCUCAUUUGUGUUUGAAACCGGACGGUUUUUACUUUGACGUCAUUUUGGAUGCUGAUCAGUCUGAGGGCCAUCGUCUUUUUUUUUCUUCCAUUUAACAAAUCUAAUAUGUGAAUACUGAAAACAAAAUGCUUGUAGAUUUUUGUAUAGACAGUAUAACAUAUUAACAUCACACUGUAAUCUUUUACUCCUGUACAUACGAUAUACCCCUGGUGAUAUUUUACGGCAUUGACGUGUGCUUCAGUAGAUACGGUAUUGUACCGUCAUAUGAGCGGUGUAUUGUAGUUUUUGCAAGUUUAAUGCACAGAUUUCGUCCUUCGUAUGAGUAAACUGAUUGUAAUUUGAAAACACUGACUUUUGGAGGGGUUUAGGGUGAAACCAGGGGCAGUAACAUGCCAGAGAUUCGUUUUUACCUUUGAGAACAUUACCGGCCUGCAUGGAACCCUGUUUAUAUGACAUGUGGCAACAUGAACAUGAGUUUUCACAUUUAUCUUUGCUACUUUCUGAAAGAUUAAGGAGGGCAGGCAACACCCUCCGCCCCACCCCCCAAAGGCUCAUCUAUCAAAUCUUUAACUUGUGCUUUACACAUAAUCCUGCUCCUGUUUUUCUCUUGCCUUUCUGUACCAGUAUUGAGGCUGGCGUCCCUAACUGUUGUUGUAGCUCUGGUCUCAGUGCUCAGUCCGCUUUACAAAUGUUUCUUUGAAAUAAAAGAACCCUUUAAAAAUGUG